AUGGAUCCUCUUGACCGUGCUCAAAUUCUCCUUGUCUGUGACCUGUGUCAGAGAGCUCCAUUACAAAGUCAUUGCGAACUUUGUCAAAUAUCCCUGUGUAGAGCCUGUGUAGGGGAGCAUUUAUGUGAUUCUUCAAAAAGACACAAGGUUGUCCCAUACAAAAACAGAACAAGAACUCAUAUAAACCCUAAAUGUCCAAACCACACCAAUUCAUAUUGUAAGCUCUACUGUUCAGAAUGUGACAUUCCUGUCUGUUCUACAUGCAUUUCUUCUGAUGAACAUAUAGGGCAUCGCCUCACAGAUAUUUUGGACAAAUUUAAGUCAACAUUAGAAACAAUCUCCCCACAAAAAUUUAUGGCAUAUAUAAAAAAAGGAACUACAGUGGUUCGUCAUGCUCGAGGAAUCGUGGUAGGAUGUGCUGGAGCUGGAAAAACUACACUUUUAUAUAGACUUCUGGGGAAAAGUCUUGAGGAAAUAAAGGAAAUAAAAUCAACUAGGGGACUUCAAGUCUACAACACAUAUUUCUUGUAA